AUGUUGAUUUCUGCCUUUUUUGUCAUCGCCAGCAGCAUUGGGGCCGCUACAGCGACCCCUGAGGCUCCAACUCUCACGUACCUCUUCCGUAUGAACCUCACUCUCAGUUCAACCAUCAACACCGGUCCAGGUCCAGCAGGAACCAGAUUGGCCAUUCCCAUAACUGGUGGCAGCUUGUCGGGCCCCAAAGGCGAAGGAACAGUCCUCCCUAUUGGAGCCGAUUUCGGUGCAAUCGAUGCUUUGGGGAAUUUCAACGUUGACGCGCAUUCUGUGGUACAGAUGGAUGACGGAUCCUAUGUUUACAGUCACUCAGCUGGCCCUUUGAUCUCGGGAACUACUGCCUUGGAUAGAGUCAAGUUUGAGACUGGAAGCAGCAAGUACUCUUGGCUUAACGAGAUUCUCGCUGUAGCUGUGACUGAUUUCCCGGGUCCCUGGGUAUCCCUUGAUGUUUGGCAGCUACGCCGGGCUCAAUGGCUUCUUCGUGGAGGGGCAUGUUCUUGUGGAUCCAUCGGGCGGAUCGCGGCCCGCCGGUUUUAUGCUCAAGACCGGUCGGACCAACCACGGCCCAGCGAUAAUACCGUUCAGACCGGCCGCUCGCGGACCGGACUCUCUCGAAGCCCUGUCCUUCGACCUCUCUGGGCCAUGGCGUCCCACGCCCGAGCCACUACGUCUCCCUCUUCUAUCUCCGAAGGCGGUUCCACGAACGAGCAGAAACAGGACUCUAGCCCUUCCUCUGACAACGUCAUGGGUGCCGAUCCUAAUCGAGCAAUCACCGGACGGGAUCCCAACAGCAAAAUCGUCGGCUGGAACGGUCCAGAUGAUCCAGAUAAUCCCAAGAACUGGCCGAAUCGGAGAAAAUGGAUGAUCACAGUCUCGUUAGGCAUGCUGACAUGGGUUGUGACCUUCGCAAGCAGCAUAUUUAGCACGGCAACUCGGCCUGCUGCAAAGGAGUUCGGCGUCUCAAUAGAAGUCAUGACUCUGGGUACAAGCUUGUUUGUCCUAGGUUUCGCCUUUGGUCCCCUGAUAUUUGGGCCCGUGUCAGAGGUAUACGGCCGUAAAUACCCACUCUUUAUCCCCGUGGCCACCGCCGAGAAUGUUCAAACUAUCCUUGUCUGUCGAUUUCUGAGUGGCCUGUUUGGUUCAUCUCCUCUCAGCGUUGUUGGCGGCGCACUUGUCGACCUUUGGCCACCUGUCGAGCUCGGCAUUGCCAUGAGCAUUUUCGCGGGCGCGAAUUUCGUCGGCCCUGUUGCCGGUCCUAUUAUGGGUGGGUUCAUCACCCAAAGUUCACUCGGCUGGCGGUGGACGGCGUACAUCACGGCUAUUAUGGCAGCUUUAUUCGGGCCCAUAGCUUUCAUCACGGUUCCUGAGACCUUAGAGUCUACACUUCUGGCUCGGAAAGCUCGUUCAGUCCGCCUAUCAACCCGAGACUGGGCCAUCCAUGCCGUUGCGGAAGAAAGGCCGGUUGAUAUCCACGAAAUGGCAAACCGAAUCCUAGUCCGGCCACUCGCCAUGCUAGUCCUCGAGCCCGUGAUUAUCCUCGUCACGCUUUACAUGUCCUUCGUAUACGGCCUCAUCUACCUAUGCUUCGAAGCAUAUCCAGUGUCCUUCCAAGAGGACCGGGGCUGGAACAGUGGUGUGGGAUCUCUCCCAUUCCUAGCUAUAAUACUCGGCGUUGUCAUUGGAGUCAUAUUCAUUGUCAUCUUCUCCAAAACCCGGCUUACACGCAUAAUCAAGGCCAAGGGUCAUCUGCCACCUGAGCAACGGCUCCUACCGAUGAUGGUUGGCGGGGCAUGUUUUCCUAUUGGGCUUCUCUGGUUCGCAUGGACUUCCGACCCUAACAUCUUGUGGGUGCCACAAGCUUUAGCUGGAAUUCCGCUCGGAGUGGGUAUCAUGCUUGCCCUCGCUGCCAAUGCUGUAGUACGGGCACUGUUCGGCGCAGGAUUUCCAAUGUUUGCGGCCGCCAUGUACAAAAGGCUGGGGGUUGAUUGGGCCACCAGUGUUCUUGGCUUUAUAGCAGUUGGGCUUUUCCCAGUUCCAAUACUCUUUUAUGUCUUUGGCGAGAGAAUUAGAAAGCUUAGCCGAUACGCACCAAGCGGUGGUCCCCCAUGA